AUGCAUUCCAAACUCAGUCUCGUCUUUGCAGCUCUCUUAUCCACAAUCCUUGCCGGUCCAACAGUCGUUCGAGCUCCCAAGCCGCAGCUGCCCAAAAGUCCCAGCUGGCUCGAAAAUGUUGCAGUUCGAAGCAAUGGUGACCUGCUGGUGACACAGUUCAACCCCGCGCCUGUCCUAUACACGGCGAAGGACCCGGCAUCGGGUAAAGCGACUCUGGAGACCGUGUACGAGUUUACGACCAUCACCAAGAUCCUCGGCAUCAUUGAAACACUGCCAGACACUUUUGUCAUCGUCGGCGGCAACGCAACAGCGAAUGCAACCGGGUUCGCUGGCACCUUUUCUGCGUGGGAAGUAAAGUUUUCGAAGAGCGUAGCGCGGACCAAGAAGAUUGCCGACAUUCCAGACUCCAUGUUCCUCAAUGGUGUUGUCAGUCUGCCGGACGCUCCGCACGUAGUCUUGAUCGCAGACAGCCAAUUCGGACUGCUGUUUAGGCUGGACACCAAGAGCGGAAAACACGAGAUUAUCGCCGAUCGGCCACAGUUCAAGUCGGACGCCCAGCGCUUCAACCAGACAGUGGGUUUCGGGAUCAACGGAGUUAAGAUCAGAGACGGGUAUCUGUACUGCUCCAACUCCGAUCUCAUCAACAUAUACCGCGUGCCAAUUACCAAAGACGGCUACAUUGCGCAGGGCGGCAAGGCCCCGGUUGAGCUGUACGCGGACCUCAAUCCCGUGACGACUUUUCUGGACGACUUCGAAAUCGGCAAAGAUGGAACGCUGUGGGUUGUCACAAAUAGCGCCAACACAGUCGUCGCAGUAUCGCCGAAAGACCGCAAGCCCCGGGUGGUGGUAGGUGCGAAAGACCAGUUGACGGUUGCGGGCGGAACGGGCGCAGCCUUCGGGCGCACGGCCCAGGACAAACACGUGCUUUAUGUCAGUACGACAGGAGGGCUAGCGGCGCCGAUCAACGGAACUAUAGUGGAGCCUGGCAAAGUAGAAGGCAUCGAUACGCGAGGAUGCUGA